AAUCUGUGGAAAAUGAGCUCGAGAUAUCCCCCGGCUUACCUAUUAACGAUGAGCCCAAGUCCAACAACGAAGCACCCCCUACCCAGAUAUCAUACCCACCCAGAUAUCAAGCCAGGGAGCAACGAGAAAUACGAUUAAGGCAGAAAGCAACUGAUGCGAGAAUGUGUGGUUAUGCAAAGGAGGCCGAAGAAGACCCCAGUGAAUAUAUGGACAUGACAGUGCGAGAAAGAUUAAUAAGUGAAGAAAUAAUCCACCGUUCUCUCGAGGAAGAUGGAAUCAUAUCAUCAUGGCUUGAUACCGACGAGGAAUGGAAAAAAACGAUUAACAUACUCCAGGAAAAUGGUAUGUUAUGGCAAAUUGCUCGAUCAGUAAGGAGUGAAUAG